GACAAAUGUAUGUUAUUAAAAAUAGACUUACUAUUAUAAAAAUCAUAUAUUUUCAUAUUUCUGCUAUUUAAACAUUUUGUCUUAGCAACGUUUUUCUUGGUAUAAUAAUAUAACUAAAACGCUAACUAAAUAUACAUAAUACAUUAACUAAAUAUGACAUCAAAAAGAAAAAUUAUAAUCUAGAUUACUACGUACAAAAGUUGAGCACGUCUACACUAUCAUAAAAAGAAAAAAUGAGUUAAAUAAAGGUCCAACGCAUGAAGUCUUCUAUAUACACCACCUCUCUCUCUCUCUCACAUGUGACAGAGGAAUUCAAGUAAUAAAUUAGAGAAAAAGGGAGGAUAAUCGAGAAAAAUGGCGGGCAUCAAAGGCACUGGUAGUCGAGUCGAGGAGCCAACACUUGUACCCUUGUUGGAUCAUACAUCUUCAAACGUCGACUUGGUUUCAAAAACCUCAGACCAGCAAGACCUCGAUCUCUCAUUUCGACACCGGUUCUUGAUUGAAUCCAAGAAGCUAUGGCACAUAGUCGGCCCCGCCAUCUUCAGCCGCAUAGCCUCCUACUCCAUGUUUGUCAUCACCCAAGCCUUCGCCGGUCAUCUUGGCGAUCUUGAGCUCGCCGCCAUCUCCAUUGCUACCAGUGUCAUUGUCGGCUUCGACUUCGGUCUUUUGUUGGGGAUGGCGAGUGCUUUAGAGACGUUAUGUGGACAAGCAUAUGGAGCGAAAAACUAUCGAAUGUUAGGAGUGUAUCUACAACGCUCAUGGAUUGUACUCUUCUUAUGUUGUAUUUUACUUCUACCGUUGUACAUCUUCGCUUCACCGGUGCUGAAACUGCUCGGACAACCGGCAGACAUAUCGGAGCUCUCCGGUAAGAGUCAGCUUAAGACGUAUGUGAUUGCGUGGGUGUCACUCGGGGCGCUGGUGGUUCAUUCGGUGAUGAGUUGGCUGGUUGUGUACAGACUUCAGCUGGGACUGGUUGGAACGGUGGUGACUCUGAACUUCUCAUGGUGGCUGAUCGUUAUAGGGUUGUUCUGUUUCUCGGUAUUCGGUGGUUGCCCGGAGACCUGGGGUGGGUUUUCCAUGGAAGCCUUUACUGGACUAUGGUCAUUUGUCAAACUCUCCGCCGCCUCCGGCGUCAUGUUGUGUUUGGAGAACUGGUACUACAGGAUACUUAUCGUGAUGACUGGGAACCUUGAAAACGCAAAAAUUGCUGUGGAUGCUUUGUCUAUAUGCAUGUCUAUUAAUGGCUUCGAACUCAUGAUCCCUCUUGGAUUCUUUGCUGGAACGGGAGUUAGGGUUGCAAACGAGUUAGGAGCAGGAAACGGGAAAGGUGCUAGAUUCGCUACCAUAGUUGCAGUUACCACAUCUGCAGUGAUAGGCCUCUUCUUUUGGCUCUUGAUCAUGUUAUUCCACAACGAGCUAGCGUUAAUAUUCACCAACAGUGAACCUGUCUUGGAUGCUGUAAGCAAGCUUUCACUUCUCUUGGCCUUCACCAUUCUUCUCAACAGUAUUCAACCCGUUCUUUCAGGUGUUGCUGUUGGUUCUGGAUGGCAGUCAUAUGUAGCGUACAUUAACUUAGGUUGCUACUACUUGAUAGGUGUCCCGAUGGGUCUUGCCAUGGGAUGGCUUUUCCAUCUCGGUGUCAUGGGUAUUUGGGCUGGAAUGAUUUUCGGAGGAACCGCGUUUCAAACGGUUGUAUUGGCUAUUAUUACAAGCCGUUGUGAUUGGGAAAAGGAGGCACAGAGAGCAAGUAUGCAUAUUAAGAAAUGGGCAGUUGUGCAUUGAUCAUGACAAGUUGAUAUCUCAAUUGGUUCACAAAAAUUUGGUACCAAUAACGUCUUUCUUUGUUAUUAUAUUUUUGGCGUUGCAAAAAGGAAAUGUAAUUAAAGUAAUUCAUUAGAAAUUUUGUACCGAAAAUUUGUUAGGUUGUUCGGUUUUACCAUUUCCUUUGAUCUAUAUGUGACAAUACCAGAAUUCCAUAAGGAGUAGGUUUGAUCCUGUCAUUGUAAGAAAUUAUCAAAAUUUGGUUAAAUAUGUUAGAAAUUGGGGGCUGCAAAAGAGGACGUUGAUACUUAAAAUAAAACCUAGAUAUCUAUUUGGAUCGUGUUUGUUCACUAUGCUUAAAAUAUAGUUCGACACGAUUAAUGUCCGAGCUGUAUUAAAUUAUAAUUCAGG